CUUAAUCCUUCGCAUCUCCAAGUGUCUCGUGAGUGCGUGUGUUUUUUGCAUUAACGGGGAUUGGGAAUCGCGGCUCGAUUUUCAGCAGAUUCAACAUCACCUACGAAAGAUGAGGCUGUGGCUGUUGUGGAUAGCCUUACUGGCUACUCUCCGCUCCUCUGUGGCACAGGAGGGCUACAGUUAUCCAGUGCCAAGCAAUCCAUUGAUCCCUGGACGUCCACCUGGUACAGGAGGCAGUACAACGAAACCUGGAGGUUACCCCAGCACUCCGGAUGACCAAUAUUCUCUGCCAGGAGGCCCUGGUUCCGCACCUGGAAGUGGAUUCCCUACAGGAGGUCCCGGUGGCUACCCGAGUGGUCGACCCGGUGCACAUGGACCAAGUACCGGAGGAUAUCCUUCCGGUGGACAAGGACAGAGUCCAGGUGGAUAUCCUUCGGGAGGACAAGGACCGAGUCCUGGUGGAUAUCCUUCCGGAGGACAAGGACCGAGUCCUGGUGGAUAUCCUUCCGGAGGACAAGGACCGAGCCCUGGUGGAUAUCCUUCCGGAGGACAAGGACCCAGUUCAGGAGGGUAUCCUUCUGGUGGUGGGCAGAGACCUAGCACCGGAGGAUAUCCUUCUGGUGGACAAAAACCUAGCACUGGAGGUUAUCCUUCCGGUGGACCGGGAUCGAAUUCAGGGGGAUAUCCUUCGGGUGGGCCGGGAUCAAGUUCAGGUGGAUAUCCUUCGGGAGGACAAGGACCGAGUUCCGGUGGAUAUCCUUCAGGAAGGCCAGGAUCCAGUGGGGGAGGUUUCCCUUCAGGAGGACAGGGGCCAAGCACCGGUGGAUUUCCUUCAAGCGGACCUGGAUCUAGCGGAGGAGGUUUUCCUACAGGUGGUCCAGGAGCGAGCCCUGGUGGACAGCGACCGGGUGGCAGUGGUGGUUAUCCAUCUGGUGGACCGCAAGGACCGAGUGGUGGUCGGCCUGGAUCUGGACCCAAUGGUGGGUAUCCAUCAGGAGGAGGAGGAGGAGGAGGAGGAGGAGCUCCGGCGGAAGGAUAUCCGAAGGACCGACCUUCUGUUCCAUUUCCAAGUGGAGGAUCCGGUCAGCCAGGAAGUGGCAAUCAAGGAUUUCCAGGCCCUGGUAGUCGACCUGGUAGCGGCCCAUCUCCUGGAGGAUACCCAUCUGGCGGAAAUAUUGGGGGUACUGGAAGUCCAGGCAAGCCCGGUGGACAAUUCCCGAACUUUGGACAAAACGGAUAUCCCUCAGGUGGUCCAGGGCCAAGUACAGGAGGUGGAUAUCCUUCUGGACGACCCGGCAGUCAAGGACCAAGCAAUGGGUACCCUUCGGUUGGAAGUGGACCGGGACAAGGUAGUGGACAGGCUCCUCAAGGACCUGGGGGUUAUCCGAGCGGAGGUAGGCCCGGUGGUGGACAAGGCCCACAAGGUGGCUCAGGCGGAUAUCCUAGUGGUGGACCAGGCGGUAGCUUCCCCGGAAAUAAUCAAGGCCCUUUCGGUCAACAACCAUCUCAGAGGCCAGGAGCCGGAACUGACUAUCCUACUAGCUCCGGAGGAUUCCCGAGCGGGGGUCAGGGGCCGAGUCCUUUAGGACCUUCCGGAACAUACCCCGGACAACAACCUGGUGGUCAACGACCAACUGGACCUUCCGGUGGAUUCCCGGGUGGUAAUUAUCCCGGUCAGGGACAGGGACCAGGAUCUGGUACUGGAGGUGCUGGCGAGCAAGGCGCCAAUGGACCCCAAGACGACGGCUCAUACGACGACGGAGAUUACUCGGCAAUCCCUGGUGAGCCAGGCCGUGAUUAUCCUAUCUACGCUGAAGUACCUGAAACCAGUUUCCGGUGCGAUGCCCAACAGUUCCCUGGUUACUAUGCGGACGUUGAAGCCCAAUGCCAGGUGUUUCAUAUCUGUGCCAACAACAAGACGUACGAUUUCCUCUGCCCCAAUGGCACGAUCUUCAACCAGCAAUUCUUCGUGUGCGUUUGGUGGAAUCAAUUCGACUGCAACUCAGCCCCAAGUUUAUAUUACCUGAAUGAAAACCUUUACGAUUACACUAUCAUGGGAAGCGGUGCCAUAGACGGAACAUUCGGGACAAAUCUUCCCGGUGGCCCAGGUCCACAAGGACCUUCUGGACCUGGGGGUUUCCCGGGACCUCAAGGACCGUCGGGUCCGAAUUAUCCUGGUCAAGGACCAUCCGGACAAAACGGUUACCCAUCAGGUGGAACACCCCAACGGCCGGGCUAUCCAUCAGGACCGCAGGGUCCCGGAUCACCUCAAGGACCCUCCGGACCUGGAAGUUCUCCGGGCCAAGGACCCCAGGGACCAUCCGGUCCAGGAUAUCCUUCUGGUCAACGACCUAAUCAACCCGGUUCAGGAUAUCCAUCAGGCCAGGGUCCUCAGAGACCUGGUUAUCCUUCAGGGCAACAGGGCCCCGGAUCACCGCAAGGACCUUCUGGGCCCGGAAGUUAUCCAGGACAAGGCUCGCAAGGACCAUCGGGUCCAGGCUAUCCCGGCCAAAACGGUUACCCAUCAGGCGGAACACCUCAACGGCCAGGUUAUCCAUCAGGUCCACAAACUCCGGGAACCCCCGGCCGACCAGGAGGCCCAGGAUAUCUAACUCCGGAUGCAUCAAAACCUCCCGGCUCUCAAGGACCAAAUGGAUACCCAGGAGCCCAACCACCAGCGAGUGGUGGAUAUCCAGGAGCUCAACCACCAGCGGGUGGUGGAUAUCCAGGAAGUGGUUCGGGACGGCCCCAGGGUCCUUCCGGAGGUCCAGGUUCAUCGGGUGGUUCCAAACCGUCGGAUAGGCCGUUCCCUUCGCAAGGACCGUCGCAACCUGAUCGCGAAUACUUGCCGCCACGAAGCGGUUAAACGUAAAAACGGAACUAAGGGAGCCCAGAGAAAAACUAUUUCACGUAAGCGAAUAGACCCUCAACGAGAUUAUGAACGAACGGACACAAAAUUUCGUUGUCGGUGCUGGACCUUGUAUGUACAUACGUAAAUAUUGAUGAAUGUCCAUUUUUUUUCUACUUUCUUACUAAUGCGACGAUGAUGAAAAAAUCCAUGCGGACGCAGCCCGGCUGUGUUGAGCACAUGGACAAACAAGAAAGGCACGCAGGUAUUAUAAGGAAAUGAAAAUUGUAACCCUGAAAAAAAUAACAUCGAGGGUUGGAAUUAUUGAAUAUUUGUAAACCUGCAAGUAUUAUUACGCCAAGUAUUUAUUUAUUCAGCUUAACUUUCUCUUCAUAUUGCAUCCAUGCAUUUAAGCAAAUUCCUCGGUAAAAGCGUAUACGUAAUCUCAUUUAUUGUGGCAUAAAUUUUUAUCAAUUAUUAGAUUUUUUAAUCAAUUAUCAUUUUUUGUUUUCACCAACAUUCACAGCAACCAAGUCAUUGACAUGACGUAACUAUUAAUUAAUUUUUUUUUAAUUAUAUAUAUUUUACACAAAUCCGAAAAAAUACAUGUAUGUACAGAUAUGCGCAUAGUGCUUCGGCUAUGCAUAUUCAUAUGUGUAUAAAUAUACGUGUGUGUAUCUAAACAUUUUGUAACAAUGGAUAACACCUGGAUGCCAUUAUGUUAUUCUCUAUUUUAACGCGAAAUAAGUGAA